AUGUUGUGGCGGCUCCCUCUUCUCCUCGCCGCCUAUGUCGGCCUUGUCGCAGGCGAAGGGCAGCGCGUGCUUGGUUCUGACAACACAGACCUGGAUCACAUCCGUGAGAAACUUCUCGAGGCUCAGAUCAUUCCCACCGUAAUUGAUGACUUCCCGCCCGCUCUGAGCCUUCGCGUCAAAUGGAAGCACGACUCUGCCGACCUAGGCAAUACUCUCAAACCCGAUCAUCUCAAAAAAGCGCCCGUAGUCCAUCUUGAAAAAGUUGAGUCCGACGCGCUUGCAGGCACUCAACUCUCCAAGGACAUGUCGUACGUCAUCGUCCUCACAGACCCCGACGCGCCAUCCCGCGAUGACCCCAAAUGGUCCGAAUUCUGCCACUGGAUCGCAGCGAGCUCUCACCUAAAAUACUCAACAAAGUCCAAAUCCAAACAUCACCUCAAGGACAUCAUCAAAUACAAGCCUCCUGCUCCACCGCCCAAGACCGGAAAGCACCGCUAUGUCUUCUUCACAUUCAUUGCAGCCAAUGGCACGACCAAGAAGCUACACCUGAGCAAACCAGAGGAGAGGAAGCACUGGGGAUCGGAUCAUGCAGGCCAUGGCGUUCGUGAGUGGGCGCAUGAGAAUGGUCUUAUUCCCAUCGGUAAGGACGAUCUAAUUCCUAUCUCGAUCACCGAGGUUAACAUCCUCUAG